AUGGAGAAUGAGAAGGAAAACAAACUGAAGGAAUUUGUAAUUGAAAAUAAGUUAGACAAAAAGUGGUGGAAUAUUCCUGUGGAAGGCUUGAGUAUCGAGGAGUUAAAGCAGAGGCACCAAGCGUUUGAACAUUUGUCUUCUAGCUUAUGCGGUAAGGAUUCACACUGGUUGGGAAAAGACGGUGGUGGUUCAUCUUCUGACCCUCCGAGACGUGGACAUUGUGAUGAUGGCAAACUGAACCAUAUGGUUUCCUCAUCCUCCAAAAUCCCACACACUGUUGAAGAAACCAUGGACGUUGACGUUCAAGUUGAAGGAGAAGAGUGCCAACGAACUCAAAACCGAGGGAAGGCCAUUGCUGUUGAUGCAACUUCUGGUGUCUCUUCUCAGUCAAAGAAGGUGAUGAAAGUCGUUGUGCCAAGGUCUGGUGUCUGGAAGCAUUUCACCCGAACCAAAGAAAGUCGUGACAGAUGCAUCUGCCACUAUUGUCAGAAGAUCUUCUCAUGCGCUACCAAAUCAGGAACAUCAAACCUCCAGAAGCAUCUGUCCAUCUGCAAAGAGUACCAAGCUUGGUUAAUCAGUCAAGGUAUGAAUCAGAUGGAGAUCAACACUGAUGGCAAUCUGAAGUCAUCAGAAGUUGCAGAGUCUGUUUUCAGAGAGGCAUCAAAUGAGUUGAUUGUAAACCUCUACAAGCCACAUUCGAGUAGGACUGCCACCAGCGACAUCGUUGAGAUGUAUGUGAGGAAGAAAGCAGCUUUGAAAAACAUGCUUCGCACAACCAAACAAAGAGUGUCACUUACAACUGACAUUUGGGUUUCACAGGUCACAGGUGCAAGUUACAUGGUGAUAACUGCCCACUUCGUGGACGCAACUUGGCAGCUGAAGAAGCUUAUCAUAGGUUUCAAGUAUGUGAUGGACCACAAGGGUCAGACCAUCGCAACUGUGCUCUUGGAGUGUCUAGCUGAAUGGGACAUUGAGAAGGUAUUUUGCAUUACAGUAGACAAUGCAACUGCUAAUACUUCUGCCAUUAGGAGAUUCCAUAGGGAUUUUAGUGAUGUUUCCCCUGAGUCUUUAGUUCUAGAUGGGAGUUUCUUGCACAUGAGGUGCUGUGCUCACAUCAUCAAUUUAAUUGCUAAGGAGGGUUUGACCGAGGUAGGAGAAAAUGUGUUAGCCAUUAGGAACGCUGUUCAGUAUGUUCGCUCUUCAACACCUAGGCUUAAUGCAUUUGAUCUUAGAGUCACAACUGGGAGAAUGAGUCGAGGUACCUUACCUAUGGAUAUUAAGACUAGAUGGAAUUCAACCUUCCUAAUGCUGUCUAGGGCUCUUCAGUUUAGAACUGCAUUUGAUAGGAUGGAGGCAGAAGAUAGGUUGUAUAAUGAUUAUUUUUUGGAGAUGGAAAAUGGGGUUAAGAGGUGUGGACCACCUUCUUUGAGAGACUGGAGUGCUGUUGAGAAGCUCAAGAGGUUUCUGAUAAUCUUUUCCAACAGCACUCUGGUUGUUUCUGCCUCUACGUCGGUGAAUUCUUACAAGUGCUACGGUGAGAUAGUGACCAUAGAAAGAAACCUCACUGCACUGGCCAACAGCUUCGAUCCUGAGUUGAAGGUGAAAGCGUCAGAGAUGUUGCAAAAGUUUCUCAAGUACUGGGAUGGUAUCAAGAGUGUCAACAGGAUGCUGAUCUUGGCCAUGGUUUUCGAUCCAAGGAAUAAGAUGCAAUUUGCAAAGCUGUGCUUUGAGAAGCUCUAUGAGAAGGAGAGCUUAGAGUCUAAAGCAAUGCUGGAAUCUGUUGGUGAUCUUCUCAGGACUAUGUUCAAGGAGUACAACACAAGAUUCAGAGGGUCUACUGGAGAAGCCUCUCAGUCAAAUCACGCAUCAUCAUCUCAGGCUCCUCCAGAGUCGCAAGAUCAAGGCACAGAUAGAAUGGAGCUGGUGGUUGAAGAUUUCGGUUAUGAGCGGAUGGAUUGUGUGUACAAGGAGAUGGUUGCUGAAAAGGGAGAGGAUACAAGGGACGGACUUGAAGUGCACUUGAAGGAGGCAGUUGAAACUCCUAAGCUCUUGCUUGGUGUGGAGUUUGACAUUCUCGCUUGGUGGAAGGUUCACAAGAUGAAGUAUCCUGUGCUUGCUGAAAUGGCAAGAGAUCUACUCGCCAUGCAAGUUUCAUCAAUGGCAUCCGAAAGUGCUUUUAGCACAAGUGGGAGGAUGUUGGAGCCAUAUCGGAGUUGCUUAACUCAUUACAUGAUAGAAUUUCUCAUGUGUACUGAGAAAUGGAUGCAUGCUGACAUCAAGAGUUUCAAGCACAAACACUUGAUGAUUGAAGCUUCAAGGUCGAAGCAUGAAGUGGAAGAAGGCGGGUGA